CCAUGUGCAGUUCUGACAAAAUUGGCUGGGAUUGAUAGUCAGUAUGGGCGGUUGUAAGUGGUAUUGCGCUCCUAAGAAGUUCGGUGUUAUAGCGACUUCUGCAGUGUUCACUGAUCUGUUUGUGCGCAUGCGUGGGUUUUUAUCAUGGCUUGGAUCGCUCCCGUAGUCGUCGGUAUUGGUGGUGCUUUGUUGUCGCUAUUUGGAGGCGGACGCCGACGUUCCGAACCGGCAGUGGAUGUCACAGCCAUUCAUCGCCAGUAUGAGGAGGAGCGUCAAAAUCGGGAGAGGCAGUACGAACGGGAAAGGCAAGCCCAACAUACCGCAUUUACUAAACAAGUAGUCGACAUGCAAACAAAAGCGGCUGCUGAGCACCAGAAAAGCAGUCAAGAGUUCAUGCGACAAAUGCAGCAGAACGCGGAGCAGCACCGCGCCGAAAUGCAGCGUCGCGAUGCCGAAUAUAAACAGCAACAGCAGCGUGACAACGAGCGCUUUGAACGCAACAUGCAGGAUCAGCGAGACAAGUCAGCUGCCGAGCGGCAGGAAAUGCGGGAAGAAUUCCGUCGCGAGCAAGAUCGGAUGGAAGUAGCCCGUCAAGCAGAUAAUCAGCAGCGGGAAGAAGAGUUCGAGCAAAAGCGUCAGGAAGACCGAAUGGAAAAUGAAAGGCGAAUGGAUGAUCUGCGGGCGACCAAUGCCGCCGAGCGGCUGCGCAUGGAAGAUGAAUUCAACCGGCGCCAAACGGAGAUAGAGCGUCAGCACGCCGAGGAUCAGCGCCGUUACGAGACUCGUCUGGAGGAGUUAACCCAGAGUCUGCGGGACGCUGAAGAGAACGUUCGCGCUCUGCGUGAGCAGCUGGAGAAGCCGGUGAAGGAUCGGCAAGAAAAGCUAGAUUUUGUCAACAGUCUCCAUCGAAGGAUUCACGUGAACAAUUCCUUGCUGCUGCUCGGUCCCAAAGGCACCGGGAAAAGCACCUUCAUGUGGCUGCUUAAUCGCGGUGCCAUGCCGAAACGGACAAUUCGCGACGGUACGGUGGAAAUGGAGCAACUGACGGGAUACGUGGAUUCCAUUGGGCUGCGCGGAUGGACGGUGGAGGAGGUGUUGAAGCUGAUGGUGGUGCUCCUCUACCAGGGCUUCCCCAAGGAUUUAAUUAUCUUUGGUAAUGACCGCAUCGAGCUACCGGUGACAACGUUGGGUCUGCUGGGCAUUGGAAAUCCCAUGAUCGUCGUCUUGUCCGGGGACUUUUGGAAGAUGUACCAGCCGGCCGGCGGUGGUCGGCCCAAAUUUCAGUUGGUACAGAACAAGGACGGUGUGCGUCGGGUCGAGCCGGAAACGGAUCUUGAUCACGUGUACGACUUGACGGCUUACAAAGAAAUCGAGGAGAUGCAUCUGGGCACGCCCAUCACCCACCACGACGACAUCGAUCAGCUGGUGCGCAGACGGGAACAGGUCGGUGUGCGGCCGUUCCAGUUUUUUAUGGACAAACUGAGGAGUGUCUUUACAGCCGAAAUGGAGAACGACCCUAUAAUCGAGGUCCUUUUCCGCUUUAUCUACAUAUACGAGAAGAAGUACUGCAAAAAUAAUCUGAAAUUUAUGAACACGGCGACGCUUCAAGACUUUAGUAUACUUCGAAUGGUGGUAACUACUGGAGGGGUCGCGUAAAAUUUGUCACCACAGAAGAAGCGUCUCGCGUGCGGAUCUAACUUUUUCGUUAGCGAAGAAUAACGUAUCCGGGUUGAACUUUUCACUGGUGAAUACGGUGUGACCUUUCGCUUUUCCCCACCAUGGGGGGGGGAAAAUAGUAAUAGUUCAAUUAUUACCUGCGAAAUUCCUCUCCUGGAUUUUUCCCAAUCAAUUGCCAAAAUUAAUCGGUUCGUUGCGAAUUUUCUUGCAUGUAAAAAAUUGAAUGACUAUCAUGCUCUGACCACUGACGGUCGUGCUGUGCUGGAGUUGACCGAUUCCCUGCAAGAACUACACAAAGCCGCCCUGUCGGAAAUUGCAUCUCUUCAACAACAAAAUGUCCUGCCCGUCGCAUCGAAACCAACGUAUGCCACUAUGACCUCAAGGAACGCAGUGACGAAUUCCAAGCAUGUGCCCAACAAGAACGUCCUUGUCCUUAAACCGAAAGAUUUGCCAGUGCCCAGCCAGUCCCGUAAAACAGCAAAAGAGAUGACGGAUUUUUGCAAAGUUUUAUCGACUACGAUCCCUGCUGGAGCCGAAGGCACCAAUGUAACAAAUGUCCGCUCAGGCUUUGGUAAGUCGGUAAUUGUUGAAUUUCGAACUCCUGAUGAUGCAGUUAAGGGUGAAGCGUUAUUAAAAGAACACAGUGAAACGCUUGGAGUAAACGUCGAAAAGCCGAAAACGCGUAAGCAUCGCAUGAUAAUUCGUAGGAUUCCAGUUGCUAUGUCUGAAGAGGAUUUUGUGAAUGAUUUAAAACUGAAGAAUUUACGCGCUGAUAGCGAAAUUAAAAUCGUGAAAAAGCUGAACAGCACCCGCCCUAAUCCUUUGACCUAUGCAGUUGUUAUCGAUGUUGAUGGAGAAACGCGUAAUGUUUAAUUGCUGAAAAAUCCGUAUUGCUUGGUUGGUAUUCUUGCCCUGUCAGCGACCAUUUCUAUGUGCCACAGUGUAAGAAAUGUUGUGAAUUUUACCACGUAGCAGUGAAAUGUGAAAAAGACGCAGUGUGUGGAUAUUGUGCAAAAUCUCACCUUUCUGUUAACUGUCCUGAAACUGACCCUUCGUUCAACUGCGUUUGCGUUAACUGUAAAAGAGCUGAUAAAUUCGAUGCCAAAAAUCCACAUGCGGCUUUCGCGCAUGAAUACUGUACUGUUUACCAGAAUUUGUAUAAAUCGAGAAUGUUUUAUAACAGUUCGGUAAAAAACAUGCAGCUUCACCGCAAAAUUUAACCAAUGCUAAAUGUACAGGUCAAGUUACCCACAGUGACAAUUAUGUUGAUAACUGCAUUAACGAUAGUUCCGUGAUAGUGAACAAUGAAGAUCCGUGUUUCCAA